UUAGUAGCUGGCAGUCGGCCGUCGCGACGCGCACCAUUCUGUAUGUUAAGGACGUCGAACAACAUCGAAUUCCUCUGAAACACGCAAACAACAAAUACGUUGUUAUUUUGUGAACUGCAGCCCUUGCAUUACAGACAAUACUUUACAUUUACAUCCUGUGCUUUGAAAACUUUUGUAUCUUACCCAAAGAAAUAUAAUAAUAAAUUGUUGGAAAUUUCAAUAACUAAAAGGAUCGGAAUUGGGAGGGUGGAAAAUGGCCUGAGAAUCUCGUUUGGAGGUGAGUUGACCCGGGAAUCCAAAAUAAGUGAGAUUCCCCCAGGGUUGGUGUCGGACAAAUAAGUUGUCCGAAAUUGUAUAGAAGAUGUUGGAGUCGCUCAACGAAAACCAAUAGGAUGAGCGUCUCGGUGACCGCAGAAGGCACCGAAGACGCCGCGACGGUCGCCGUCGUCGUCACCCCCUUCGAAGUCUUUAAUUCCGGUUCGCAAACUACCGCGAUUCCUCCCGACUUCAAUAACUCUAAUGCACUCAAUUCCUUCUACUUUUAUAAGACUGAACAAUUUACUGUGCUUUGGGUCCUUUUCGCAAUGAUCGUCCUUGGAAAUUCAGCAGUAUUGGUAACGCUACUAGUAAAUAAGAGCAGAAAAUCCCGAAUGAAUUUCUUCAUCAAACAACUAGCUAUUGCUGAUUUGGCUGUCGGUUUGAUAAACGUCUCAACAGAUAUAGUGUGGAGGAUUACGGUCGCCUGGCACGCGGGGAACAUCCUCUGCAAGCUGAUUCGGUUCUUGCAGGCCGUGGUUACGUAUUCCUCUACGUACGUCUUGGUAGCCCUUUCGAUCGACAGAUACGAUGCCAUCACACAUCCGAUGAACUUCUCCGGUAGUUGGAAACGAGCUAAAGUUCUAGUGGUGAUUGCCUGGGCGUUAAGUUUCAUCUUCUCGUUGCCGACGGUGUUUCUGUUCGAGGAGAAGCCCAUCGAAGGUCUGCCUCAAUGCUGGAUAGAUUUAGAGCCUUGGCAGUGGCAAGUCUACAUGACCAUAGUCUCGCUAAUCCUGUUCGUCUUUCCCGCGCUCAUCAUCAGUGCGUGUUACGCAGUCAUCGUCUGGACGAUUUGGUCAAAGAGUAAACUUCUUAUUCCCGUCGGACAUGUACCGAUCAGACACGGUGAGGAACGUAGGGAGCGUCCGCCGAGAUUCCAAGAUGAGCACGAUUGCAGACGUGCCAGUUCCCGUGGGAUAAUCCCGAGGGCGAAAAUAAAGACGGUGAAGAUGACGUUUGUCAUAGUUUUUGUUUUCGUAAUAUGUUGGAGUCCAUACAUAGUAUUCGAUUUGCUGCAAGUGUACGGUUACAUUCCAGAAACCCAAACCAACAUAGCCAUCGCCACAUUCAUACAGAGUUUAGCCCCGUUGAAUUCCGCCGCGAAUCCAGUCAUCUACUGUCUCUUCUCCACACAUCUCUGCCGGAAUUUAAGAUGUGGAGGAUUAUUAAAAAACGUAAAAAUCGAUCCGUGCAGAAAGUUGCCACCGUUCACAUGGAUGUCCGGAUGUCUUUCAAUGUGCUUUCCCGGAUUCCAAGGGCACUGUUUGGGAAGUGGGGAUUCCAAUGCCGGCACCGUGACCACAUCUUUGACUCACUCAACCAGAAGAUCGGCCUCUGCAGCUUCACUGAGGCACACCAUCCGCCUCCAACCGGCUCUCACUAAUAGUCACAAAGUCGCCAUUUCCGUCGUCUAGUCAUUUCUAAGUAAUUCCUUAGGUACAGUCAGUCACUUAGUCUCCCUCCCCCCGAGCCCUCAAAAUACUCUCAUGUAUUUUAUAUUUAUUGUAAAACUUCCAAUGUAUUAAUGUAUAUAGGACUUCAUGUGGAUAUUUUCCCUUGUAAAUACGUAUUUAUUAUUUAUUUAAAAGAUGUAUAUAUAUUAUAUUUCAUGGAUAUGUGGAAUUUAUUGACAGAGCGCCGCAUUCUUGUUUAUUUAUAUUAAUGGAAAAUUUAGAUUAUACAAAAAAAA